GUGAGUGUUUUCAGCCGCCGCAUGAGGACGGCUUCGCCCGGCGAUGGCCUCGCAGCCCACGGCGGCACGGGUGCUGCUGCUCUGCCUGCGGGCCAGCUGCCUGCCUGGCCCUGCUGGCCAGCUGCCUGCCAGCCGUGCAGCCCAGGGACUUCACCGUGAAGGACAUCGUCUACCUCCACCCUUCCACCACACCGUAUCCGCAUGGAUUUAAGUGUUUCACCUGCGAAAAGGCAGCAGAUAAUUACGAAUGCAACCGAUGGGCUCCGGAUGUCUAUUGUCCAAGAG